AAUGCACAAUCACUUUAAUUCCAGCCUUAGCAAGCAGUCCCGAACAUCAUGACGCAUACGGGGAGAAGCGUCUGAUGUAGAAACUUUUUUCUAUUGAUGAAUAUUCGAGAUCAUUGACAUGGUCAGGGAAGGACAUCGAAGUUCACUUUUUUUGCUAGCAGAAGUACGGCUUCAUUCUUUCUUGUCUGUUAAUCACUUGCUACUCUAAGCUGUAAGGGUUCGAUAUCUUUACAUCUUUAAUUCACUCACUUGUCGAUACCGUAGUCGCCUCCCAAACUUGGAUCACCUCCACCCUCAACCUCCUUACCUUCACAUACAUACAUACAUGAAUACAUACACAUACACCACAUACAAACCUAUUAAACGGGGACUGUGACUUCUCACUAACCACGCGCAAUCAAUCUUUGCAAUUUUAAAUCAUACGCCCUACUUCUACAUACAAUUUCCAUUGUCCUAAUUCACCUCAUCAACCUUUCGUUUGAUGAGUGUCCAGAAUGGAUUCAUCCACUGAACCUCGCCAUACUCAUAAUCGUUCGACUUAUAUUAAAUCUGAAAGCAUGUCCCCGCCUCCUCAUAAUAUCAGACUUCACCGAGAACAUACCGAUACCAUUGAAGAGGCUGCAGCAGUCAUUGCUGAUGAAGCACUUCUCAGUGAUAAUGAUGCAGACACAAAAGCUCAAAACUUUGGACCGGGAAGACUGGUAAGAUAAAGCCAGCUCCUUUCCACAAUUCGGACUUUACAGUAUCCAAAUCAUCCCAUGCACUGGAAAUGCUCUGGGCCUCAGUGCUAACAUAAUCUCUAAACAGGCUGGCCAGCAGCAACCUCAAGAUGAAGCUAGUGCUCUAGCCGGUUUGACCGAAACUGUUCGCAAUCAGGAUGACCUUGAACGAGAUAUUACAAACCAAGCCAAUCUGGUUAUGAUUGAGCAGGAAGAUCAGCGGGAUCAGAAGCGCAUUGAAAAAGUCAAGAAUAGUAUUGAGAAACUCGAGAAUCAGAAACACAGCCAAGAACGCCGCCUCAACACUCUUUCGAACAACCCAUUAAUGCGCCAGCGAUGCGUUGAUGAGAUCUCAAGAAUUGAAGCCGAAAUUUUUGCAUUCAAGAAUGAUAUUGCCGAUAUACAAAAACGAAUCGACGAAAGACAUCAGUACAAUGGGAACUAUGCCGAAACCGAUCUUGCUGGCGGAAGCAGACGUAUGCCCAACGAGAGCCAAAGGGAAUUCCUUAUUCGUACAGGCAAAAUUACACCUUUCCAGCAGACCUCGGAUGCAGCUACCGACCAUGUUCAAUCAGCCCUUACGGAUGCGUUAAUGGAUGCAGAAGGAAAGGAUAUCAACGAACCAGAAAAUGCGGAAGCAGAACCUAGAUCACAUCAGAACCUUCGUCUACCAGGUUUCGCGGAUGUAACAGAUAACACAGUCAGUAAAACUGAGAGCGAAUUUGGUCUGCGCCCUCGGAAAAAGAGAAGACUCGUCAAUGCUGCGUCCACAGAUGUGUCUCCUGCUCGUUCAUCUUCACCAGAUGAUACUUUUUCCCGUGAAAAUUUAGCCGAUGAAGAGGAUGAAUUGGUUGAAGAUGAUGAUUAUGAUGAGGAAGAUGAGGAUGAUGCUCUUAUGACAGCCCGUACUUCAAUGAGGAAGAGAUCAAAGCCUGGCAAGGCUCGAAAAGACGAGGCGCAAAGCUUGGCUGGUAUUGAUGAUGGAAACGAGGACAUGUAUCAAGCACGUCUGGCAAACUGGGUAGAGAAACGAAGAGCUGCACGACGACAAUAUUUGGAACACAACCCUAAAAGCGAGAAUGAUGCAGCUGCAGAAGAUUCUCCGGAGGAGGAAUGGUUCAAGCCAUGCCCAGGACAACCUGAUCACCAGUUUGAAAAUGGUCUGAAACUGCCUGGCGAUAUUUUCCCUGCACUCUUCGAUUACCAGAAGACCGGUGUUCAAUGGCUGUCAGAACUUUACAAUCAACAAGUUGGGGGAAUUAUUGGGGAUGAAAUGGGCCUUGGCAAGACCAUUCAGAUCAUAUCAUUUUUGGCCGGUCUGCAUUACAGUAAAAAGCUUACAAAGCCUAUCAUUGUCGUUGCUCCUGCAACUGUCCUUCGCCAAUGGGUCAACGAGUUUCAUCGGUGGUGGCCAGCUCUUAGGGUUUCAAUUUUGCAUAGUUCCGGAACCGGCAUGCUCAAUGUCAGAAACGAAUGCAGAUUAGAGGACGAAGAGGAUGAUAUUCUUUAUGGCCAAACAACUAAGAAAGCUCCCAAGUCGCAAAAGCUGGCUCAGAAAAUUGUCGACCGUGUUGUCAAGCAUGGUCACGUAUUGGUGACCACAUAUGCUGGACUCCAGACUUACAGCGAUACUCUUAUCAAUGUUGACUGGGAUUACGCUGUAUUGGAUGAGGGACAUAAAAUUCGAAAUCCUAACACUGCUGUCACUAUCUACUGCAAAGAACUACGAACACCCAACCGAGUCAUACUUUCGGGAACUCCUAUGCAGAAUGGGCUGAUAGAAUUGUGGUCACUCUUUGAUUUCGUCUUUCCUAUGCGCUUAGGCACUCUAGUUAACUUUCGACAAUCAUUUGAAGUACCUAUCAAAAUUGGAGGUUAUGCCAACGCCACAAAUCUACAAGUUCUGACGGCAACCAAAUGUGCUGAGACAUUGAAAGAUGCAAUCAGUCCAUACUUACUUCAACGACUGAAGGUUGAUGUUGCGGCAGAUUUACCAAAAAAGAGUGAGCAAGUCUUAUUCUGCAAGCUUACAAGGCCUCAAAGGGAUGCAUAUGAAAUGUUUCUUGCAUCUGAUGAGAUGAAGUCAAUCUUGAACCGUACUCGUCAAUCACUUUAUGGUAUUGAUAUCUUGCGGAAGAUCUGCAAUCAUCCAGAUCUUCUCGAUAAACGAUUGAAGACCAAACCCAAUUACAAAUGGGGUAAUGGAAACAAGUCGGGAAAAAUGCAAGUUGUAAAAGCACUUUUACAAAUGUGGAAGGGCUAUGGGCAUAAGACUCUUCUCUUUAGUCAGGGUGUCCAGAUGCUUGAUAUACUUGAAGAAUUUGUCAAGAAACUUGGUGGAUUCAAUUAUCUUCGUAUGGAUGGUGGUACAGCAAUCAAGGAUAGACAGACUCUCGUCGAUCAGUUCAACAAUGAUCCCAAUAUGCAUGUCUUCCUUCUCACGACUAAAGUUGGCGGCCUUGGCGUUAAUCUCACUGGCGCAAACAGAGUAAUUAUCUUUGAUCCUGAUUGGAAUCCAUCCACGGAUGUACAGGCUCGUGAACGUGCAUGGCGUCUUGGUCAAAAGAAGGAGGUCACUAUAUACCGACUUAUGACUGCCGGUACGAUUGAAGAGAAGAUUUACCAUCGACAAAUAUUCAAGCAAUUCCUUACCAAUAAAAUUCUCAAGGACCCGAAGCAGCGACAAACUUUCGCUAUGAAGGAUCUUUAUGACCUUUUUACCCUCGGUGAUCAAGAUGGUGGAACCACUGAGACUGGUGAAAUGUUCAAAGGCACAGAGGUUCAAUUCAGCAAGACUUCCAGUCCUUCAACCUCUCCUAGUUUAUCCGUCGAUCCGGGUCAAGGGGAUUCGGUAUCCGAUCUUCGAAACCUUGCUGGAGUUGCUGAACUUGAGCAAUUCAAUGAUCCUUCCGAGGAAAAGGAGAAAGAUAACGAAGAAUCCAGAUUAAUGGAAGGUAUCUUUGCUCGUUCUGGAGUUCAUAGCGCUCUUGAACAUGAUCAAAUUAUUAAUGGAAAGAGAAAGGUUGCAGCUGAUCGUGGAAUGAUUGAACGUGAAGCCAAGAGAAUUGCCGCUGAAUCUGCUACCGCACUGAGACGUGCUGGAGAAGCAGCAAGGAGUAUUACACCUGGAACUGUUACUUGGACUGGAGAAUAUGGAUCUGCUGGUAGACCAAUUAAUGUUCGAAGAGGUGCAGGUCCAAGCUCAUCAAGUGUUUUAUCAAGCCUUUCAAACAGACAAGGUAUUGCACAAUCUUCUAGUUCGAAUAGUUCACGAGCUGCAACUCCAAAUCGUCCAGUUGGGCGUCAACGUCAUGAUUUUGCUAAGAUGAUUGUCGAUUUUAUUAAGAGAAUGGGUGGUUCAGUACCAAGUCAGGCAGUGGUCAAUCAUUUUGAUCGAUAUUGCACAUCAGAUCGAUUGACAGCAGAAUUCAAGCACACACUGACUGAAGUUGCAAUUUGUGAGCGAGGUACGAAUAGUAGGAUGAGAGCCAAGUGGGUAUUGAAAGAUGAAUUUAAAUAAUUAACACGACUGAAUGUUUCAUGAGAUAUUAUCAAGGCGUUUAGGGAAUGCGGGAUAAAUGGAGAGGAAACUCAGGGAAUAAAGGCAAGAUCUAAUACCAUUUGUAUUAUAGAAUUAUAUGCUUUGGGAUGGGCGUUGGGAGAUUCUCUUUGGACUCUGAAUGGUGUAGUGAUGCUUAGCGAUAAUUUUAGGAGGCGUAAGGGUAUUAUCA